CACCAUUACUACUCUACGAAGUUUUAUGAUUUCGCAGUUCAUACCUUGUUGUAAUAUUGUGAUCUUUUUCUGCAUUAAGUUUAUCUGAAGAUAUAUAGCUUGUUAUUCAUGGCUUCCGCGACUUUUAUUUUUCUGCUGAUAGUCCUUUCCAUAUCGUUGACGUCUCUCAUUGGUGAAAGUGCAACACAAACCAAGAAAGCAGCUUCGAGCAAAGAUAAGCUCAUACUCCCCGGCUCCUCACUAUCCCCGAUGAUUAGUACUCAUAAGUCCUCUUGGCCUUCUCCUUCAGGAAACUUCGAAUUCGGCUUUUAUGAGGAACAGCACGGCUUUGCCAUUGGAAUAUGGCUGGUGGGUGCCGACGAAAGAACGGUGGUGUGGACAGCAAAUAGAGAUGACCCUCCGGUCAAUUCAAAUGCAGAGCUGGUGUUCACGACCAGUUCCGGUAAGCUUCUCUUGAGAAGUGGUAAAGGAGAGGAGAAACGUGUAAUUGCUAACACAACAAGUUCCGCUUCCUCCGCUUCUAUGCUCGAUUCCGGCAACUUUGUUCUCCGAAACAGCACUUCCGACAUCAUUUGGGAGAGUUUCAAUCAUCCUACAGACACAAUCUUGCAAGGUCAGGUACUACCCACAUUGGGUCAGUUGUUCUCAAGUGUAUCCGACACAAACCAUUCGACGGGAAGGUAUCAUCUCUGGAUGCAGGCUGAUGGUAAUCUUGUCUUGUACCCAGCAAACACCGAGGAUUCGUCUGAAGAUGCUUACUGGGCCACUAAUACCUGGCCCCCUAAAGACAAUCUCAACCUUUACCUUAAUUCCACUGGCCUUCUAUCCCUCGUUGAAACUACGAAUACUUCCGAGCUUCUUGACUACUCCUACUUGAAUGAUGAGUCAUCUCUGAGCAAGGAUAAGGUGGUCAACGGCACUGUCAUAUAUCGUGCAACUGUUAAUGCUGAUGGGAAUUUCAAGUUGUAUUCUCAUCUGGUCAAUAAAAAAAAGAAAGACCCUCAAGAUGUUUUCGAAGUGUGGUCUGCGUUGCGAAAUCCUUGUGAAGUGAAAGGCCGUUGUGGCCUCAAUAGCUACUGCACACUCAACGAUGUACAACCAAACUGCGUUUGCCUUCCAGGAACAGAGUAUGCUGACCCGGAUAGGUGGUCUCUCGGUUGCUUGAGAAACUACUCGAAGAUCGAAUGUGAAUCGGAUGGGAAGGAGAAAGUGAAAUUCUAUAAGAUCAUUAAAACGGAGACCAUCAAUUGGGAAGCUACUCCUUAUGUGGAACUCCAAAUGUCUACGGAGGAAAAUUGCAGUAACUCUUGUUUGGAAGAUUGCAAUUGUGAGGCAGCAAUGUUUGAGCUCAAUGAUAUUCACGAUGGAAUUGAUAAUUACAACAGGUAUGUUUGUAGGAAGCAAAAGCUUCCAUUGAGCUACGUCAAGAGAGAUUUUGAUUCUAGAAAGACAGCCUUCUUCAAGGUGAGAAAGGGAUCAGAAAACACCGGAUCAACAGAAAAACGGUCGAAAGACGACGCCACCGACAAAAAGGUUUUGAUACAGAUAAUUGUCCUAGCUUUAUGCUCGAUUGUGCUCUCUUGUGUUGCCCUUGUGAUCUCUGGUUUUUACUUUGCCAAAAUACGUGUCCUGCGGUACAAGAAGUUGAGAGACGAUGGAAUUUUGGGGAACACGACUCAUCAGGAGGAAGUUACUUUGAGAGUGUUUUCCUACAAUGAACUCAAACGCGCAACAAAUGGUUUCAAAGAAGAGUUAGGGAAGGGAUCAUUCGGAGCAGUUUACAAAGGGAGCUUAAACAAAGGCAAGAAGCUUGUCGCGGUGAAAAGGCUUGAAAAGUUAGGGGAAGAAGGCGAAAGGGAGUUCCGGGCUGAGAUGCGAGCCAUUGGAAGAACGAACCACAAGAACUUAGUUCGGUUGUUCGGUUAUUGUGCCGAGGGCUCAAGAAGGGUUUUGGUGUACGAAUAUAUGAGCAAUGGCUCCUUGGCAGACCUCCUUUUUAAGAACGCGAUGGGCAUAGGGUGGGAAGAAAGGGUCAGAAUUGCCGUAGAUGUUGCAAGAGGCAUCCUUUAUCUGCAUGAGGAGUGCAAGGUCCCCAUCAUUCAUUGUGACAUAAAGCCUCAAAACAUUUUGAUGGACGAAGUUUGGAGCGCUAAAAUAUCGGAUUUCGGGCUAGCAAAGUUGUUAAUGCCAGAUCAAACGAGAACUUUCACAGUGAUUAGAGGGACAAGAGGAUAUAUGGCCCCUGAAUGGCACAAGAACACUCCGAUAUCAGUGAAGGCAGAUGUUUAUAGUUACGGAAUUGUGUUGCUGGAAAUUGUGUGCUGCAGAAGGAACUUCGAUGCUAAUGUAUCAGAUGCAGACGAGAUUGUUCUAUCUAGUUGGGUCUGCAAGUGUUUUGCGGCUAGAGAGCUGAAGAAGCUCGUGAAUGGUGAAGAAGUGGAUAACAAGACUUUGGAGAAUGUGGUUAAGGUGGCCUUGUGGUGCAUCCAAGAUGAACCGGCCCUUCGUCCUUCGAUGAAAAGUGUGGUGUUGAUGUUAGAAGGGAUUACUGAUGUUGCUAUUCCUCCAUGUCCAACUUCCACUUAGAAUAUCUCAAGCAAUAAGGAGCUACUUCUGGUUUCUAUCUACUGUUUUUUAGUGAUGUUUCUUUUAUGUUUACAAGUUCUGGUUUUAUGUACGUAUUUUUCAUUUCUGUCGUCAUUUGAGUUAGUUCAGUUUUCUACUUUUUCCUCUGAUUAUAGACCUGGAAGGAAGGAACAUGAGUUGUGGAACGGUGGCUACUAGUACUAUUUGUAACAUGCUAGGCUUGGCUUUCUUACAUUACACAAGUUUUUAUGCGUGUUUUCAUUUUAUGUUCAAAUAAAUAAAUAAAUAAAUAAUAUCGCCAUCUCUAUCCGAUCUACUAUGUAAU